CAAUAGGACCCACCCCCCAAAAAAGGACAUUUUUUUUCAAUGGCAAUUCAGAGAUAAGUUACCAAGAAUUUCACGGGAUUACAUCAAGCAGACACAUUUUUUUAGAUACCCAUUGAUACAACGGAUUUCGUUCGGCGGUGUAUAAACAACGGGCAUUUCCGUUCAGUUUGUCAGUAAGCUUGAACUUUGUUGGACGCACUAACGACACUUUUAAAAGUAGCAAUUUUUAUAUUGAUUAGUUUUACUAACUCGUACUACCAUGACGAUGGAUUCUCAAGUCAAAGUGGACGCAGUAGUAUCAAACAACUCAGGCGCUGACAUAAAUCCAAACACCAUUCCAAUACGUGAGGAAGAUAAUGAACCCAUUCCUGUCCCCGUAAAUAAAACUGACGAGCUUUACAAAAUGGAUCACGAAAAGCGAGGCUAUGCCUUAAUCUUUUCUCAUGAAAAUUUUAAUUCAAAUUUAGAAUUGAAUUCACGACCUGGCAGCCACAAGACAGCUGAGAAUCUGAGAGACGCUUUAAUUCAAUUGAAGUUUGAAGCUGAAAUCUUUUCCGAUUUCACGUACGAGGAAAUAAAAACAAAAGUUAACGAUCUCUGUAGCAGGGAAGACGAUCUGAGGAAAAGCGAUUGCAUUUUAAUUAUCGUUAUGACUCAUGGUCUUUUUAACGACCAUUUAUACUCCAAAGAUACGCAUUAUCCUUCCAAUGAUUUGCGACUGCUCUUCAUCACCAAGCAAUGUCCAAGUUUGGCAGGAAAACCUAAACUGUUCAUUUUUCAGGCUUGCAGGGGUAAUCAACAAGACACAGGAACAAAGGUGAUGCAAUCAAUGCAAUCCAUUGCAACACAAACUGACGGACCGUUGUCUAAAUCCAAGAAUGUUGUUUAUAGACUACCAGCCCACGCCGAUUUCUUAACUGCAUAUUCUACGGCUCCAAGACACACUGCUUACCGGAAACCAUUUAUCAAAGCCUUUUGUGAGGAACUGUCCUCUCAACAGGUAAUAGAGGGGAAAAUAGAUUUCCUUUCGAUGUUGACCAACGUGCAGAGAAAAGUUGCCCUUGGAUUGAACGACGGCGGAACAAAGCAGAUUCCGAGCGUGACUAGCACCUUGACGCGAAAAAUCUUUUUUUAAGAUUAAUGCAGAUGCGCAUUAAAUGCUGGAUUUGUAUUUUCAGCCAAUACAUAUGCAUA